AUGGUCCGUGCACUGUAUGCCAUCGGCGCUAUGUUUCUUCUGACGGGAUUUCUGCUGUCAGCAGCAGAAGGGAGAAAGAGGAAUCGUGGAUCUCAAGGUGCUAUCCCUCCUCCUGACAAAGAUCAGCCCAAUGAUUCAGAGCAAAUGCAGACACAGCAGCAGUCGGGCUCCAGGCACCGAGAACGAGGAAAGGGCACCUCAAUGCCUGCUGAGGAGGUGCUGGAGUCUAGUCAGGAGGCACUGCACAUCACUGAGCGCAAAUACCUAAAGCGGGAUUGGUGUAAAACUCAACCCCUCAAACAAACUAUCCAUGAAGAAGGCUGCAACAGUCGUACCAUUAUCAACAGGUUCUGCUACGGCCAGUGCAAUUCCUUCUACAUCCCCAGGCAUGUCCGUAAAGAGGAAGGUUCCUUCCAAUCUUGUUCCUUUUGCAAGCCCAAGAAAUUCACCACGAUGACUGUUACACUCAAUUGCCCUGAGCUGCAGCCCCCGAGGAAGAAGAAGAGAAUAACCCGAGUUAAAAUGCCGGUGUAUAUCUAUUGACUUGGACUAAACUGAGAAAAAUAUGGUACCAAUGGCACUCUGACUGUACGCAAUCAUGGCCAGCGUGAGAGUGAGCGGCAUGAACCAGCUUACCUUUGGGGCUGGACAGAAUCGUGAAUUAC